AUGGUUAAAUUUUAUGAAAGUACCUAUUAUUAUGACUAUCCAUGGCCUAUUGUAACAUUAGCAUGGUUUUUGAGAUAUCCAAAUCCGUAUUCAAAACAUGUUAUUUCAGUGGAUGUUAUUGAUCGUUAUGUAAAUGAUCAUGGUUGUCUUCGAACUACACGUUUAAUUUUAAAACGUGGUAAAUUGCCUAAGUGGGGUGCAAAGCUUUUUAAAAUUUCAGAGACAUAUAUUCUUGAAGACUCAAUAGUUGAUCUUCAAACAAAUCAGAUGCACACAUUUAUUCGCAAUCUUGAUCAUACAAAAGUGAUGAAAGUGAUUGAAAACCAAAUAUAUGGCAUUUCAUCUAAAAAUUCAAACCAAACUUUUGUAAAUAUAACGGCACGAAUUAAAAGUUCUUUUGGAUGGGGUAUCACAAAUAAAAUUGAAAAGUUUGGAAUAGUAAAGUUCUCAAAGAAUGUGAUUAAUAGUCGAGCUGGUAUGACAUAUGUUUUGAAAAUGCUUCGUGACAAUGGAUGGGCUAAACAGAUGUAUUAA